AUGUCUCGUUUUAUAACUUGUUUGACGCUGCUUCUUGCUAUUGUUACCUUGGCCUCUGCCCAGGUCAAGACGAUAAAUACUCCAAAUGGAGACAUUACACAAGGAGCGAAUGUUAAAAUCACUUGGGAACUAAUGGCACCAGUGAAUACUUUAGGAAACUUACGAGCCAUUAAUAAAGCUACGCAAAGUUCAACUACAAUAUCAGAUACUUUAGAUCUGAAUGCGUUAUCACUUGACUGGGUGGUUAAUGUAGACCCGGGUAAUUAUAACUUCGCCCUUAACGAUGGAAGUGGAGAUAAAUAUUCUGGUCCAUUUAAUGUAGUAGCACCUCCAGCGGCUAAAGAUCCAGCUAAUAAAACACCCAAUAAAACACCCGCUGCUGAACCAAGUCAACCUCCAAAAGCCCCGGCGGAACCAAAUGAACCAAAAAAUCCAAAGGUUUCAAAUCAAGAAGCAACAACUCCUCCAAACUCGUCUGGAAAUUCCGUUACCUUGGUUUAUGAUCUUUUAUUGAGUCUUAUCGGUGUGGCUACUCUUAUGACAUAUUCCGCCUAA